AUGGCUAGUUCUUCACGUACAGUCCUUUCUGAGGAAGAGAUUUUAGAUCUUUUAGAGCAACCUCUAAGUGAAAACGAGAGUGAAAGUGAUUUUGAUUAUGAUAGUGAUUCAUUUCAAAACAAUUCGAGUGACAAUAACGAAGAAAACAGUGACAAUGUGCAUGUUUCUAGUGAUUCAGAAGAGGAUUCGUGGCGAAUGUGGAGCGACACUGACACUGACUUCAAAGAUUUUCCUUUUGACGAAUCAAAGUGUGGUUUUAUAACAGAAAGUAGUUCUGUUCCAUCAUUGCCCAUCGGAUUCUUUCAAUUAAUUUUUACAGAUAACCUAUUUCAACAAAUAGCAGAUGAAACGAAUAGGUAUGCUACAUCAAAAAUACGUAAAGUGACACCACUUCCACAACAUUCUACAUGGUGGGACUGGAGAAAUGUUACCAUGGAAGAAAUGAAACGCUUCCAUGACUGCUUUAGUCACCGACAAUUUAUGCAAAUUUUCUGGGCACUUCAUGUUUAUAAUCUGACAAGUGCUACACAUGUCAACAUUCAGGUUCAGUCACGUCUGAGUAAAGUGAAAAAUGUACUGAAUUACUUGUCUGGCACGUUUCUCGAAAUUUAUCAACCAUAUCAGUAUUUAGCUGCUGAUGAAUCUACAGUAUCAUUCAAGGGUCAUGUAUUAUUCAAAAUGUACAAUCCUCAAAAACCAACAAAAAGAGGACUCAGAGUUUAUCUAAUUUCAGAUUCAGCAAAUGGUUAUAUCUGCAGUUUGAUACCCUAUUUUGGCGCUGUAACAACUGAAUUAUUGAUUUGUCCACACUUGAAUUUUUCUGAGAAAAUAGUUCUUCACCUGCUAGCUAAUAUCAUAAAUGCUACAGGGCAAUCAUGGUAUCAUUUGUACACUGGCUGUUUUUAUACAAGUGUUGCAUUAGCUGAUGAGCUGUUGAAACAGAACAUGCAUCUCACAGGAAUGAUUCAGGCCAAUCGCAAAAACCUUCCAGCUGCAAUCAAGAAAGGAGCUCUGUGUCUAAGGAAGCAUGAAAUAAAAUGCCUCUGCAACAACAAAAUGAUGGUUCUGGCACUGCAAGAUAAAUGA